CGUCAAGGGAAAAGGGACUUUAAAUGACUCGGCCAUUUGCUUUUGUUCCUGGAACCCUUCCGACCAACCUUUCAACGACCGGGACUGAGCUCUCGGUAUUAUUUCAGUAAAUGCGCCCUACCAGCAUUACAAGAUGACACUUGGAAGCACAUCUACUCCCUUUGGGCGGCCAAGCGAUCUGAGCUGCGACGACGCACAGUCGAACUCGCUUUUCCAGGGACUGAGACAGACACCAUACCAUUCCUGGCGGGAGCCCACAACUGUCUUUAUCCCCGAGCCCAAGUGCCUAUUUAUUUCCAACGAUUGUAAAAUCUGCUACGACGUCCAGUGGAAAUUUGAUUUGACCACGUCCGGGCGCCUCAAGUCUGCAUGCAGUGCGCCAGGUGUGAGGUGUAUCGAUUACGGAACAUGGAACGAAACGCAUUGGAUGGCGAGGGUUUGGCCUGCGGGGAAAAGAAUACGAUGCGGAAUACAACAGGAAAAAAAUGUUUUGUGUCUGCUAGAGGAAGAGAGUUUAGUGGUUCAACGGCGGAAUGAUGUUAUGAUGAGAGAUGUGCAGGGUGCUGACUCUAGUAGACAAAAGAAUGAGUCGAUUGCUGAAGCGAUGAAGAUUACAGUGUACGUUGUCAUUUCCGUAUUCCUUUUACUGUGUGGAUGUCUCCUACUGCAUCGACGCUGCUGUCUCCGUCGCAACCGCAACCGCUUCAUUAUCGACGAAGAAACAAGUAACGAUGAUCUAGAUACUCCACCCGCAACCAUCCAACUCCAACCCCCAUCAACACCAUUUGAUCCCAUUCCAGGAACAUUACCCCCACCUCCACCCGCUUAUACUGAGAACUUGGUCCUUCCACCACUUGCACCACCUGCAUAUGAACCGAAACCAGAGUCGGAAGAUACUGAAGGAGAAGAACUGGCAACUGUUGUAGAAGGCGAGGAUGAUGAUUUGGGGACACCUACCUCUAGUGUUUGCAUCCCGCUUGGAGAGACGAUAGAGAUACAGCCAGCCGAGGAAGCAAAUGACUCUGAAACACCAUCACAAAUGGGUUCUGCACGACAAGCACAAUCCAGAGAUAUAGAACCACCACACCAAGAACGAGAUCACAGAAAUCUUGCAAGCAUCCCACCACAAUUGCAACCCACGGAACAUGAAAGUGAGCACCUCGACAUACCCUCACCAUCCGAUACCAUUUCCUCCACCCCACGAUCGCCCAAUGAUCGUGAAACCCUUCACUCUGGUCAUGAAACAGCGCCAGAAAGUCCUGCUUCUCCAUAGGGUUGAUAGAUGUUUUCCGUUUUUUACCAUCACACUGGACAUUUCAAACUGUUGCAGCAUAAUACCUGGGUUUUGCAUAUUCAUUUGUUUAUUGUAUAUGUACGUUAUAUGUAUUUUAUCCGUCUUUGAUGACAGAGUGGAGGGUCUUGGGUAUUUUACCUUUUUUUAAUUGAGACUUGUCAUUCAUCCGCCUCAUUUUUGACAAAACGUAUGUAGAUAUCUACCAUUUCCUCAUGGGAUGAGUUUGUUUGCAUGCGUGUAAGUUAUUCACAUUGUAUUGAAUAAAAAUAAUAAACAAAGCCCUGUCCCUCC